AUGGCAGAGGCUGACGGUCCCACGCGGCUGCUGGAGGUGUGCGGGCAGAGGCUUUCCCGGUUCCUCCAAGAUGCUGAGUACAAGCACUUGGCCUGGCUGCGGGAGGUGGAGGAGCAGGGCAUGAGGAUGCUGGAUAGCUCCAACUUAAGGGCUGAACCUGCAUUAAUGCCCAAAACACCAUCACAGAGGAGACGUCCCAAGAAAAGGCAGUCCUCUUGCAUGAAAGAUGAAAAUAAGGAACCAAAUAGGAGGAGGUUGUCCAGAAGGAGAAGCAGCAUCAAGCCAGUGUCUUCCAAGCCAAGUUCCCAAAGGCGCCACAGCAAAGAGCACCCCCAGCACCCUGGCUGUCCGGGGGAAGAGCUCCCUGUGCCCAGCUGUGCAGCGAGGUCUCAGGCCAGUGCUAGAGCCGAGCUCCCAGCACUGACCGGGAGGUGGCUGGCAGAAGCAGAAGUUCCUGUGGCAAAGACAGAUUGUCAGGACUGCCCUCAGGGUGCCGAUAGCGGUGAUGCAGCCUGCAGGGCUGUUACAGGGGAGCAGUUACCCAAGGGGGAUGCAGCCACUGAGCUGCAUGAUGUGUCUUCUGUCACUGUGAUCCCCAGUGACUGGACAGCAAGGGAGGAGGCCCCCAAAAAAAGAGCCAGUACCUCCACUCCCAAGGCUGCUAGAAAUGGAGAUCCUGCCAUGCUUGAAGGGGACCAGUCUCCUCGAGGCCUCGAAAAGGUGCCUUUACAGGACUCUGACAGCAAAAUGACUACAGUGAGAUCCAAAACGCGCCGUUGCUCUGGACGCCAGAGCUUUGUGGGUGGCCCCCGCAAGAGCCGUAGGACCUCCUUGGCAGAAAAAUAUUCACUGGCCAGCAAAAGAGAGAGCAUGAUCCGGAGAUCUAUCAGCAGAGCCAUUUCAAAGAAGGCAGCAGCACAAGAAUCAUCCUCUGCCUCCAGCAGAGUGAGCUGUCAAAGCUCCUUGGAGGUUUUUGUGGAAGAUGAUGUGACCAGCAGCACGAGACCUGGACUGGAACUGAAUCCCCCAAGUGGAAAGACUCCUGAAGAUGUCCUCAUUUCAAGCAAAAGUAUGCAAGCUGCCAGCCCUCCUGCACAGCACUUAUCUCUGCCCAAGCAGCAGGCAGGGAACAGUGAAGGAAGCUGUGUAAAUCCAAACAGUGAAUGCCAGAACGAGAACCAGGAGAAACCCCACUGUGCCAAGUCCCAGGAGAAUCCCUCACACAUCUGGAUGAGAAGCUAUAAACAAGCAAUGGGUGUUAUAUGGAAUGGGCAGCAGCCAGGGGGUGAUACCCUUUCCCCUUUGGAUGACAAGCACAAGGAUUCAGCAAACCAGACUCCACCUUCUUCCUCUCCAGCUAGCAGGGUUGUUAGGCCAUUGAAAAACUUCCUGCAGGCUGUGCAACGAAACCAGCUGCUCGCCAGUCCGGGGCCCACAGGACGUGGGGCUGUCGUAAAGAACUUCAUCAAACGCAAUACUCCCACCCGACCCGAUCUUAAGGAGAAGGAGCGGCAGAGGCUGGAAAGCCUCAGGAAGAAGCAGGAGGCUGAGGAACAGAGGAAAAAGAAAGUGGAGGAGGAAAAGAGGCGGCGACAGGCAGAAAUGAAGCAGUGAGUUGAAGAGCGUCUGAGGAAGGCACUGCAGGCUCGGGAGCGGGUGGAACAAAUGGAAGAAGAGAAGAAAAAGAGGAUGGAGCAGAAAAUUUUACAGAAUGAUGAGAAGGUGCGCCCCUCACAAGUGCGGGAAGAGAAGGUGGCAGAGGAGCGGAGCAAGAAAAAGCUGUCAAAGAAGCAUGGGGAAGCUGAUGCACGGAAGCAGAAAGCACUGAGGAAGGAGGAAGAUGAAUUUGAGCAGCAAGAACCACUGCAGAAAAGGAGAGAGGAUGAAGUGAAAGAAAAAGGAAAGAAAGUCUUGGAACUGAAAAAUCUUGUAGAGCAGCAACAAGUGGAACAAGUGAAGGAGAGGGAUCAAAAACACCGAGGGAAGGAGAAGGUCCCCCAACCACAGCUGGAGUCAGCAGUGUUUACUGGAAAAAACAUAAAGGAAGAAGAUGGUCUGCAGGGGCCUCAGCAGCAGCUGGGAGAGGAGAAAAAAAUCAAGCAGCCAGAAACAUUGACUGCUGCCUCUGGCACAUGGCUGAGCAAAACUGUAAAG